AUGCGCAGCGUCUUCUUCGUCGUGCACUCCCAUUCUUCCUCUGUCACUCCUUGCCUCGCCGCGCCGGUCAUUGUGUUGCCGGUGGUCUUGCCUGCCUCCUCCCUUCAUCGUCGCGCCAGUGCUCGCGCCUGCCGCUUGUGGUUGGCGUUCUUGGUCGCACCUCCUCCCGUCGCGCCUCCUCCCGUCGCGCCUCCUCCCGUCGCGCCUCCUCCCGUCGUCGUGCCAGUGCUCGCGCCUCCUUUGUAUCUUCAUCUUCAUCCACCACUCCAGAUCCGCCGCUCCAGAUCCGCCGCUCCAGAUCCGCCGCUCCAGAUCCGCCGCUCCAGAUCCACCGCUCCAGAUCACCGCCGCUGCCUCUCCACUGCCUCCCCGCUGCGUCCACAACGUCACCGCUGCUGCCUCCCUGCUGUCGUCUCUGUUGCCGCCAUGUCGCGUUGUCCUGGGCUUUUGGAUCUUGUUCUUGGUAUUCUUUUUGGAUCCAGAGACAUUGGAAACACCAUUUUCAAAUAA